CUAGCUUUCACCUACCAUGACAUACUAGUUUAAUUUCCUAGCUAAUAUAGCUCCCGGCCUCAACAAUGACAUACUAGCUUUCACCAACCAUUAUAUUGCACCAAAGAAAUUUCUUUCUCUCCCUCUCCAUCUCUCGCUAGCUACUUCAAUUCUCUGUAUAUUAUUUAAUUUCUACAAGCUUUAGUCUCUCUUAGCUUUCGCUAGCCAGUGAUGGAGGGGACAAUUGUUGUUAAUAAUAAUAAUAAAGGGGGGCAGAAGGGAGAAGAAGAAGCACAGGAUUUCAGUGUGCAAGAGAAGCACAAGAUUGAGCUCCUCAGAGCUCUUCUUCACAAACGAGCUGACGACCCUCCUUUUCAGGCAGUUGAUGAUUACACCUUGAGAAGGUUUCUUCGUGCGCGUGAUCUGGAUGUUGAGAAAGCUGCAACUAUGCUGAUAAAAUACCUAAAAUGGAGAAGUGCAUUUGUGCCCAGCGGUAACAUCUCGCCGUCGGAAGUGCCCAACGAGAUAGCGCAGAAGAAGAUGUUCAUGCAAGGACUGGAUAAACAAGGGCGCCCCAUCGCCGUUGUUUUCGGUGGUAGGCACAUCCAAAACAAUAAAGGCGGCCUUGAUGAAUUUAAACGUUAUGUGGCUUUGGGGUUGGACAAAUUGUGUGCAAGGACGUCUCCGGGCAAGGAAAAGUUUGUGGUGAUAGGUGAUCUUCGCGACUUUGGGUAUGGUAACAGUGAUAUUCGGGGAUACCUUGCUGCUCUAUCGAUCCUACAGGACUUCUAUCCAGAAAGACUUGGAAAGCUGUUUAUUGUUCAUGUGCCAUACCUGUUCUGGACAUUGUACAAGGUUGUGCACCCUUUCAUCGAUGCUAAUACCAAGAAGAAGAUCGUUUUUGUUGAAAAUAAACGGCUGACAUCAACAUUGCUGGAAGACAUUGAAGAGAGCCAACUCCCAGAGAUCUAUGGAGGCAAACAGUCCUUGGUCCCCAUACACGAAGCCUAGUUGCAGAUUGUUGAGCUAAAAAAGUAUUGCAAACUGCAUGUCACAACAAAAGAAUAAUAAAUAUGUUACACAUAGAUAUAUGGCCGUGACAAAAUGAAGGUAAAAAAAAUGUGACAAGCUCGAUGUUUCUGUCACCCCAAAAUUCGUGGCAAUAAUAGUGUAUGUGUUUCAACGGUGAUGCAGAGCAGGGAGAAAAACUAGUGAAGUUGGGAUUGUGGACAUUUCUAUAUCAGAUUAAUUGUAAGAGAUAUAUACUUGCAGGGCCGGUCAUGAGAAAAUGGAGGCCCUGUGCAAUAACAAAAUUUGAGCCUUUCUUUCUGGCAUAAAUAUUGAUCGACAAAUAGAUGUUCUUAAAACAUAGUUGCAGCAAUUAUAACUUUAUUAAAUAUAAAUAGUCCAAUUAACUCAUCAACUAAUUACAUUUAAUUCUAAAUAACAACCAAAUUUGUUAAAUUUCAUUACUUCAUCAAUUC